GUUAUAUAUUUUGUUUGUAUAAUCAAAUUUUAUAUUUUUAAAUCUCUUAACAAAAUGGAUACAAAUAAUCAUCAGGAAAAAGAAACAAGCAACGAAACAGCAGAGCCCACAGAGAAAAAUGUUUGGAAAGAAUUAAUUUCCCAAAGUAGAAAUAAAAGCAGCAAAUAUGAUGCAAGGGCUCAACUAGUUUUUGAUGCUCUGAGGGAAAAACUUAAAAAAACAACUCAAGUAAAAGACAAAACUGACAUAGAAAUUCAACUUGAAAAUAGUGAAUUACAUUUGGAAGAGCUAAUACAAUUUGGAAAUGAGUUGGUCAACAAUAUUAAAGGUGCCAAUGAGCAAGAGGAACUGCUGCAAAGCCAGGAUAAAAAUGAAAAAGAUAUUGAACUUCAAGAGGACUUGCGCCAGGAAGCCGCAAUAUCGAUGAGUCAAUUUUAUGAGAUCAACAAAAAAUGGACGGAAAUGAACAAUCUGAAAGAACCAAUGGCCAUAUACGAAGAUAUGCAGAAACAAAGAGAAAAUAUAUCAAACUUAAUGGCCAGUAAAGAUGAACUGAUAGAAAAAUGCCAACAGGAACUAAAACGCAUCAACCACAAAUACUACAAUGAUCAGGAUAAACAGUCUCAAGAUAUUUGUUUUCUCGUGGAAAGAAUCGAUCAUCAAAUUGAAUUGCUAAAACGAUCCUACAGAACAAGUAUUUACGAUCUUCAGCACACCAUUGAUAUGGAAAAACAAAAGUUUCUGCAAGUAGCUCAAGAGAAAUGGAAUACUGUUUAUGACCAUCUCACGGUUAAUGAAGCGAAAAAAAUGGACUUGGUUAAAGACAAACAAAAGUUCUAUGAAAAGGAAUUGGAGAAUAUACGUAAUAAGCAAGAAGAGAUCACCAGAACUACACGAAUACGUCUCGAGAAAGAUGCAGAAAUAUUAGAGUUAGAGAUUCGUAAGACACGUGCGAAUAUUUUAAUGAAUUCCGAAAAGAUUGACUACAAUUAUCAGGUUCUGCAAAAGAGAAACGAGGAAAAUAUAAUUAUAAAUAACCAACAAAAAAGGCGUGUGGCAAAAUUUAAUGAAUCUAUAGUAGUGUUGAAAAGGAAAUUAGCCGACCUGCAAGAAAAUAACAAGCUAGCAAUGGAGAGACUAACGCAGGAUAUACAAAAACUGCAUGCCAGUAUAAAUGAGCUGCAGACAAAGGCAGAGCAUUUUCGCAAAAAUAAUAGAAGCAAGCUGGCCAAAGUUUGGAACAUAAACUUUCAAGAAAUUAAACAUUUAGUGACACGGGUAUUUGAAAUCGAUCGUAUUUUGUAUGAACAACAGCUGGGCCGAAAAUGGUAUCAACCAAAUUUCGACUUGGAUAAAUUCGAUUACGUAAAACACAUGCAAACCUACCGAAAAACCAACAAAAAAUUUACGGCCAAACCAACUGAAGCAAUUAAACCAGUUGCGAAGUCAACAUGCCAAAAACAAUUGCAUGAUAUUUUGCAUAAAAUAUCUGAUCGUGCUGGCUUUUUGGUGGAAGAAAGACUUUUACAAAUUCUUAAACCCUACACCGAUGACGAGAAAUGUUUGGUUAGAAUAGAGAGUAUAUUUUCGGCCCUUAAUAUAACGGACAUUGCUGUUGUGGAAAGUUUGAUCAAGUAUUUUGAACCCUACUCUCUGUGUCCCAACUGUUCGUCAGGUUUGCCAGUAGGUUCCCUAAAAUCCCUAUACUCUUUUAAAAGACAUUCAGAUGCCGUGGAAGAGCAACAGCCAAAUGGUCAGAAUGUGGCCACAUCCAAUUCUACGGAAGUUUUAUGUACGAAACAUAUUCCAUGCAUGGAACCGACUUUGGUUUUAACGGCCUUAAAUGAAUUCAUAAAUAAACAAGUCAAUAUGCUUGACAAAUCGGUUGAAACAAGAAAAUGUAGUAAUAAUUUGGAAGUGGAUUUGCUGCAGUUUGACAAGACUCAAAUUGCUAACUAUUGGCAGCAAUUCUCCUCCUAUAUGCCGAAGGAACAGCAAAACAUAUGGAAAUCUAUUGAACAUGGUCUAAACCAUUAUCUGGAAGUGUUGAAAAAACGGGCGCAAAUCGAUAGCGAAUGUGUGUUCCUACAAAAACAAAAUGCUGAAUUGAAGCAUCUGUUACAAAAAUUAUAGAAUUAUUUCAAAUCAUGCAGAUGCAUUAUGAAAAGUCAAUAGAAAUUUCUUGGCAUUUUUUUUGAUAAUUAUGUUAAUCAGUGACAACAACAUCAUUUAAAUCAUGUUAAUGAAAUUCCAGUUUAAAUAAUACAAAUAAAUAUAAAUUCAAAUACGUAAA